UCAUCGUUUUCGUGCAUUUGCUGCCAGUUUUGCGGAGUGUGUUUUUUUCGAGGAGCAGAUAAAAUAACAGGAAAAAAGCAACUUUACAACGAUCAUUCCCAUUUUCAAGCAAACGUAGUAAGCAACUAGAAGAACACAACGGCACACCAUGCCUUCGGCUGCUACCACAAUUACCAACAACAACAACAAUAGCAAGGAGAAGCGCGCCUCGGUCGGCUCCAUCGGUGGUGGCGGCGUGGGCGGAAUCGGUGGCAGCGGGAACGGUAGCAGCUCGAGCACUACCAAUGGGCAGCGCAGCAAUAGCCCCAGCUUGGCCGAAAAGUCGACGGCACCGGCAGCGGAUGGCAGCCAAACCGAUUUGACCAACAACAAUUCGAGCAAUGGAAAUGCUGCCAAAGCACUGAAGACAGCCGCAUCUGCGACUGCCGUUGCUGCUACAACUGCUGCUGCUGCUGCUGCCGAGCCGUACAAUCCCCUGAAGCAAAUGUUGGUCACCAUUGAGCACAAAAUUCGGAACCUGGAGAAGCGCAAGACGAAACUGGAAUCUUAUCGCGCCAUACAAACAGGCGGCAAGGAACUGAGCGCUGACCAGGCAUCCGCUGUGGCCAAAUACGAUGCGGUCCUGGCCAAUCUGGAGUUUGCCCGGGAGCUGGCCAAGCAAAUGCAACAGCAAUCCAAAGAGGCCGAAAAGGAGCAGAAGAAACAGGCACGCAAGGACAACCAGGCCAAGGCACUGGCUGAGACAGCCAAGAUUCGGGAGGUUUUGAUCAUUCAGAAUGUACUCAACUGCUUCAAUGAUGAACAAGUUCGAAACGAUUUCCUGUCGGGCGAGAACGGAGCUCAAAAGUUGGAGAGCAGCGAACUGGAUGUGCUGGAGAAAUUCUGCAUUGAGACCCAAACCCGUCGUCCGGAAACUGCAGAGGACAUAAGCUUCAUAGCCACUGCUCAGAAGGCGGCCGAGAUCUUUUCCCUGACGAUCAAUGCCAAGCCCAAGGCCUACGGUGAAAUCACCUUCGACAAGGUGCGUGCGCUUUUCCAACAGAUCCAGGACAGCGGCUAUCUGGAUAAGUACUAUCAAGUGCCGGUGGAGAAUGCGGUGGCCAACAGCACGGACAGCGGCACUGGAAGCGGUGAGGGUGAGGUCGGGGAGAUAUUGCUGAACGAUGCCACCGGAGAGUUGGAUACGGAGAUUCCCUCCGAGCCGUCAGCACGCAACUCUCUUGAGGAGGGUCUUGAUAAAGUUCAUUUGGGUGGCAAUCCUGAAAUGGAACAGCAGCAGCUGCAACACGAACGCCCACAUCUCAUUCUGCUUGAGCCUCAGCACCUGCGCGCUCCAGUGGAGCAGCCGCAGCCGCCGCAAAACAUGGUGGUGCAGCAGCCUCCCAUCUCUCAACCAACGACCACGCCAGUGCAUGUUGUGUAUGCUUCGCCGCUACCUCCUCAGCAACAACAGCCACCACCGCCUCAUCCACACAAGCUGCUGAGCAGCCCCGUGAAUCUCCAGGCCUUGCAGACGGGAGCAGCUCCUCCUCCCCCUCAGCAGCAACAGCAGCAGCCGCCUCCGCCCCAUUUCGCACCCACUGUUCGUGCCGUGGAGCAGAAUUACUUCAAGCAGCCGCAGCACCCCCAGGCAGCAGGAUUGCAGGCUCCCACACCGCAGCAGCAACAGUUUAUGCAACAACUGCGUCCUUUGGCGGAGGUUUUGGGCACAGGAACCUUCCACUUUCUGCAGGACAGCGAACUGGACAAUCCUGAGGUCUUGGCUCCUCCGCCCCCAUCCAAUCAGGGAUUGAUCUUUGAGGCUCGCCCACACUAUAUUGAAGAGCCUCCACAGGCCAUACAAACCCUGACCUUCACCAAUCAAUCGUUCCCCUCGCAGCCGCAACAACCGAAGCCCCAGCCGCAGGUCCCUCCACCGCAGCAGCAGCUCUUCUCGCCAGUUUUGAUCCACGAGCAGCGACAGCAACAGCAGCAGCAGCCUAUGUUAAUCAUGGCACGUCUACCGCCCCAGCAGCAGCCACAGCCUCAACCACAACCACAGCUGCCUCCACAGCAAGCUCCUCAAGGCAUCGGCAUGCAGCCAGGAGACGUGACCUCAGUUUUUCCCUAUGAUAGUGCUGUUGUGACCUACGAGCAACAAAUCCAGCAGCAGCUGAAGGAAAAACAGCAGUUGGAAGAGCCCACUAUAGUGAUCAAAUCGUCUGCCGGAGCUGGGGGCGAUGUGGAGAGCAAUGAUUGGAAUGCCCGUAAUAACGACACCAAUGCCGCCGCCACUGCUGCGCUUACGAAUGUCUUAAAGGCCCAGUCCUCGUCGAUAGCAGAGUCCACACCACCUGCACCACCAAACAAAUGGAGCUCGGAAAUGAAUGCCAUGAGCAGUGCCGCCUCGAACGGCAGCAGCAACAACAGCCAUAAGCAGGAGUGGGCUACUCCACGCGACAAUAGCAGCGGCAGCGGAUAUCCGGAGAACGAAGGCAACAACCAUUGGAACAGUUCUCAGCAAGAUGGACGACGCAAUUCUGGCAACUAUCAGCGCCGCGGUGCUGGAGGAGAUGACAGGCGCGAUCGGGAUCGCGAUCGUGACCGCGACCAGGGUGGACGAGGCGAUGAGCGUCGUAAUGGUGGCGAAAGAGGAAGCUAUCGCGCUCGUCAGUACGGAAACUCGACAAACGGACGCAAUCCCGGUGGCAACAGUGGUGUCUACUUCCGCAACAAUGAGUCUGGAAACGGAGGCAACAACUACUACCAGAAUGGCGGUGGAGUGUACAACAAGGAAUCGCGCUAUGACUCUUCAGGCGGAGGUGGAAGCUAUCGCGGCCAGCGUGGUGGAAACCAGCAACGGAACGGGAACGGAUCGUUUGGCGGUGGCAGACCCUUGGGCGAUCGUGGUCGUGGUGGAGCAGGUGGCCAAGGUGCCGGUGGCGAGCGUGGUGGCUACAUAAACCAACGCCAGACCCAGCCACAGCGCAUGCCAAUUGGAUUGGAGAACAAAAACUGAGCAAACAAUACGUAUUACCAAUAAACAACAAGGAAAACUUCAUACAAAUCAUACAGAAACACACAGAAACACACAGAUAGCGAACACAGAUCAUCCACAUGCAAGCAAAGGCAACGUAGACGUACAAUUACUAUUACGACGUUAGACUCCAGGAAACAACAAGAAAAUAUGAAAAUAAACAAACAAAAUUCGUCUAGAGAAAAUCACAAUUAGGGGCAGGGAAAACGGCAGCGGCAGCAGCAUCAAAUGAGAAAUCCGAUUCUUGCGCAUUUUUGAAAACCAUGUAUAAUUCUUUCCCUUAAUUACGAUUUAUUUACGUAUUAAUAAAAGCAAAAUAGUUGUUAGAAAAACGAAGAAAAAUUCAGAAAGAUUACAACUAUAUACAGGAAAGAAACGCUGUAAGGGUUUCGUUUCUAAAACUCCCAGACAGGACAGGACAGGACAGGAAGAACUUCUACGCAACAAAAAGAUGAGCAAAGUACAGAAACAACAACUCAGAAAGUCUCUCCCCUCCCCUUCUCCUCGAACAACCUUAACCAUUUUGUUCGGCUGCGCUAAAACUGAUCUAAUAACGAACAGAGACCGAGUGCGGGGUGAAAAAAAAGUAUUUAUACGUCUUAGCAAUUAAAUAACAAUUCUGAAAUAUACAAAUUAAUUACUAUUACCUAUAUAUAUAAACGAAGGAUAAUAUAUUUUUAGUUUUUGCUCUUACUGUCAUGUUCUAUCCCAUUUCAACAUUGUUUUUUUUUUUUUGUAGUUUUGCCAAAAUCUUACACACAAACGAAACGAAAAAAAUGCAAAACCACUUAUGAAAAUAAUAGUUGUAAUUAACUCUAUGCGAAAAAAGAAGCAUGCACACUAACAGUGCAUUAUAAAUGAAAUGAAAUGAUUUAUGUAUUUGCAAAAUGGUACAUACAUUAAACAAAAUUAUGUAUAUGUAA